CCGUCUCUUCCGGCUGCAUCUCCAGGCGUCCGCCCGCUGUCUACACCACCGUGCAUCGGCACUGAAAAGAAGGGCAACCGCACCAACAAGUGCUCCUCUGCGCAGCUUCCGCCGCCACCCAGACUCAACACACAGCACCAUGUCCAAAGAGGUCUUCAACGAGGGCCCAACCACGUCGCAGCACGUGGAGUCCGUCGACGACAACCACUUCCAGAACACAACGUUCAAGCUGAAGCGGACCCGUUCGAUGGGCUUGCUCGACAACUUCAUCGUCGACCCCGCCGCUGCCGGCUCCGCAAACUCCUCCGGCUCGUCCUCCUCGUCCUCCUCCGGAGCCUCCUCCGGCUCUUUGCCCUCCUCCGCCAACACCAACCGAUCCACGCUCGGACGCAUCCAGCCCUCCAAGUUGACGGCGGGGACCUACAUACCCGAGGAGACGCUGACGAGGUUGAAUCUCAAGUCGCCCGCCUCCUCCACCAGCUGCUCCUCCCAUGCAGCUGGUAGUGGCAGCAACGCGGGCAACCUGUUCCGCUCCAGCAUCAUCAACAAGAAACUGGAAAACUCGCCACAGAGCUUCCAGAGCGAUGACUUCUCCGACGACCUCUACACCUCUGAAGACUCGCUAUCCUCGCCAGGAUCCUCUGUCCACAACCUAAACUCGACGUCCAAUAUCUGUUUGAUACCCAAGCACCAACAAAAGAGAUAUAACCAGCUCCACAGCCACGACUCUGAAGAAAACGGCUACUACUCCUCUGUAACGGACAGCCACAACAGCAAUAGCCAGCCUAUUUCUUCGAACCCAACUUCUUCCUCCCAGGACUUCACCGAUGUGUCCAACCUGUCAAAUAUGCUCCACGACGAUAUAGACGUCAAAGAUGCUCCUAAUGAACAUGUCGACUACUUAACUCACAAAUGGGCAGAAGACGAGAUAUCCAAGUCUUGGAAGUACGUCAUUUUAAGGAGGAAAAAUGUCGCAGACUCCGCAAGGUUAGAAAAUGCAUCAUGGAGAACAUGGGCUCAAACCAGGUUGGGCUUGAAAACCAUUUCCCCCGAAGACCUUAAUUGGUCAAAAGACUCAGAUGUUACCUGGCUAUAUGGGCCGGUCAUCAAAUCUUCAAAUUCAAACUCGAACUCCAAUAUUGAAGGCAACGAAAACGUUAAAAGUGGCUCCAACUCCACCACUCCUCUUUCUCCUCCUUCUUCUUCUAACUUUGCAUCUUCUUCUUCGAAUGAGAACCCUUCCAUGAGCUCGGUUACCUUGUUACGCAACCAUUCAAUGGAUAAUGAAUCUCCACUUAUCAUAAACAACAAUACCAAUAAAAGUUACGAUAAUACCAGCAAUGAUAAUACCAGCCAGAAUAAUAAUAAUAAUAAUAAAAAGAACGCUAAUAAUAAUAAUGGAGAUAACGAAAGUACUUUACUAAGCAUAGAUGGCAAUGACGCACAUCACAAAUCAGGUAAUCAAGCAUUGUUCAAAACAGGCAACAACUCCUGCGAACAUCUCAAGUCCAUAUUGAAGAAGAAGACUAAAGUCGAGAAGAUGAUCAGUGAUGCAAGUUAUUGUAGACUUCAACACUUGUUGGAAAACAGAGAACAAAAACUGAAGAGUCAACACGAAUCAUCAGUCUCUCCAGUGCUGGAGCCAUCCACUUCAAAUUCGUUAAAUUCAAUUCCUUCAACCUCAACAAUCACUAUGUCGAAUAUGAACUUAUUGAACAAUUCUAGCAACCUCAACUCGAGAUCGAAUUCAACAUUAGCUUCUAGUAAAACCCUUCACUCUAAAAAAAAGUCUUCUCUUAAAAAUUCACAACUACAUAUUCAGCAAAACUCUUCUGAAGUACGUUCAGACUCCAAUACUAAGAAGGAGAAACACAUACACUUCAACAUGAGAGUGGACCAAUGUAUUGCACUUGCGAAACCAAACAAGGGAGGGAACAAUAAAAAAGACGACAAAGAACGCGCUGAUAAUGUUCAAGAUGAUACUAUGGGUUAUGCCAAUUCAUCUGAUGAAUCUGACGACUACCCUGUUUCCAAAAUGGUUUCUUCAUCCUAUAAAGAAGACCAUGAUCAUUAUGCAGAUGAUGAAAGUGACCAUCAAUUCAACUCAAAUGCUGCGAUGGAUGAUUCGGAUUCGGAUUCUGACUCAGAUGAAGGCGGAUUUGUUUUGAGACCCUCUGUCAAUAAACCAAACAUUUCUCAUAACCCUCACGAAAACAAUUAUGAGAGAAAUGGCAAAUUAAGUGGUUCGAGGGAAAACUCUCAAAAUUCCAUUAUUGUAGUGAGUACCAUUGCUCCACUACCUGCGACAACUUUGAAAUUUGGUUCCGACGAUGAGUAUGACAAUGAUGAUUAUGGUAAUGAUGGGACUGCCAGUGAUGGUUCAAAGUACCCACACAAUAAAAUGUACACUGUUUCCCAUAAUACGAAAACCAAUCGUGGUUACGACUACUACUAUGACUACAAUACCGUCUAUAGUAAUACAUCUAACCCAAUGUUCUACUCCGCUAACAACAAUGCAAAUGCUGACGUGGAAAUGUACGAUGUUCCCGAAAGUUGCCAAAUUGAAGAUACAAUGGAUCUUGAUGAUAAUCAGUCACACACAUCUCCAAACAUAGCCGAUUCGCCUUUAAUAAGUCAUAUGGGUUAUUCCUUACCAAAUGUUCACAGUGUCACUGCUUCUCCUUUGAUGUUACCUUCAAGCGUUUCAGAUAACACUAUGGUGGAUGUCCCUGCUUCCUUUAUGAACGAUAUACCACAAUUUGAAGAUGAUAAUAAUAAACAUGACAGUGAUAUCGACAACACCGACACCACCGGUCAAUCUAUGCACAUCGAGAGAAGUGAUAUGGAUGGACCGACUAAUGAUGGCCUUAAGCGGACCCGUAGUAUUGGCUCUUCAAGCUCAAGAAAUGCAUCUUCUCAAUCACUUUCUUCAAUCAAGAUGGGCUUGAGUGGGCUAGACUUGAACACGUCAGGUUUGCGUCGAAGUUCAGCAACAGAUUCAAAACCGCAGUUGUUUCAACUGUCAAACGAUGAAAGCGAAAAGAGCAAUUUGUCAACAGCUGGUAAAAGUGGCAAAUCUUUUAUCAGUAACGAUUCGAGUAAAAAUAAUUCUGCCCGUUCAGAUGGAGGAAGUGGAAGGAACAAAUUUAUGUUUGCGGAAUCUGAAUCUGAGACUGAAGCGGGAACGGAUGACCAAAUGGAUGCAGAAGACAACUAUGAUAAUGGAAAUGAUUAUGAUCAAGAUUACGAUGAAGAUUAUAACGGAUACAGUGAUCACGACGAUGAUGAUCACGAAAUGAUUGACGACCGAUCAAUAGAAAAUGUCAAAAGAUCGCAGACUAACCUAAUUAAUGCCGUGAAAUCGGCAUCCUCAUUUGGUUCGUUGGCGGAAAUCAACAGGAAAUUCGGUGGUAUUGGUGCCACUAGCAAUCCUGCCACAACCAAUUCGAAAGGGAAGCCUAGAACCGCUUUCAGUUUUCAAAACGACAGUGAGAGCGAAAGUGAAUAGACGAGUUAAUUAUGGAAUUGACGAGUCUAGUGUAGUUAUGUGUUUUUUGCGAAUAAAUAAGAAAAAAAAAAGUUAUUUUGUUCAUUUUUUCAAUUAUGUUAACUAUUGAUGUUUAUCUUUUCAAAACAUUCGGAACG